AUGGCAGAGGUAGCAGAAAUAGUUUUGAGCGAACAUUGUUCAGCCAUUGUAAUGAAUGAACUGCCAGAGAAGAUGGGUGAUCCAGGCAAUAUAACUUUGCCUUUCCAAUUUGGAAACUUGAUUACCACUCAUGCAUUGGCUGAUUCAGGGGCUAGUAUAAACAUUAUGUCAUACUCUUUCUUCAAGAAGUUAAGCAUUCCAGAACUAAAGCCUAUUCAAAUGACAAUCCAUAUAGCUUACAAAACGAUGACACAUCCAAGGGGAAUAUAUGAAGAUCUCUUAAUUAAAGUAUAUAAAUUGGUGUUUCCUGUUGACUUCAUAGUGUUGGAUAUGGAAGAGGACCACAAAGUCCCAAUCAUUCAUGGGCGACCAUUCUUGAAUACUGCUUGUGCCAUAGUUGAUGUGUGCGAAUCAAAACUUACUCUUAGGGUGGGGGAUGAUUUGUUUACUUUUGGAGCUGACCAAGAGAAUAAGCACUCAAAGUCUAGUGAUGAUGUGAUUGUUAGAUAA